UUGCAUAAAACUUCGCCUGAGGAGUCCGCGUUUUUAAGUUUUUUCCAGACUCUCUGAUUCGUUUCACGCAUACCCCAUCCACGAGAAUUCCCACUUAACUCGUGGCUUCAGAGGCGCAGGUUCCCGAACUUCCCGAUGAAGAGGUCGCAGUCAUAUUUAGCGUUAACGACGUUGAAUUCAACCGAUGCAUCGUUUUAGCAAUGAUGUAUGGCAUAUAUACAUGCAUUUUCCUGACGACAGUGUGGAGCAUCGUUUCACAUCAGCAGAAAUACCAGAAUAAGAUUGGAAGAAAAAUCAUGUUAGCCUUCAUCGUCGCCUUAUACUUUCUAGGGACGAUCGCUGUUGCUGUCAACUGGGCAUUUACACGCUACUGUUUCAUCACACAUGGGCAAAAUUUUUGGACAGUUUUUUCGACGUUCAAUAACAUAUCAACGGUGAAACAAAAGGCCUCAACAUUUUUCCUGGUUGAGAGUGUGGCAACUGGGGUCACUGGUGGCCUUCAAAACGUCAUAGCAGAUCUCUGUGUGAUAUGGCGCUGCUGGACAGUCUGGGGUUACCGUUGGCCCGUCGUCUUUGUCCCAAUUCUUUGUACCAUUGGUGCAGCUAUCUCCAAAGGAUUUCAGGAAUAUAUUGAAAUCACCGAGUUAUUAAAUGUCCACAACCCUGAAAACUUUAAACCGUCUUCUGUUGAUUGGACCAUGGCUUAUAUUUCAUUAAGCUUAGCGGUGACUUUGAUGUGUACGAUUCUUAUCGUAUUACGAAUUAUCACUGUUGGGAGGGCGAAUCGUAAAACGAUAUUCGGUAGUUACCGGGCAAUCGUAGAGAUUGUCAUCGAAUCAGCAGCUCUUCUCUCUAUCAUUCUGAUCAUCUACAUGGUGACUUAUGCACGAGGAGCAUACGCGGCGAUUUAUGUAGAUUCUAUCGCGGCGAACAUCAGAGGAAUUGCCCCGACUCUCAUUGUCGGUCGUGUCGCUUCCGGGCAUUCACGUCCUGAUGAAACCUGGGAAGGAAGUGCAAUCUCUUCCCUGCACUUUGGAACUCGCAACCACACACGAACACAUAUUAACACGCUAUACAAUGACCAGCGCAACACGACGGUUGCUCUUGAAGACAACUCUCCAGACGUAGAUCCUCAGAUUGACUCAGCGGAGGACCCUAAACCUGGAACGGAGAUAGCAUGAUUCUGGAAUAACGCCCCCCAAUCCCUCUCGAAUA